CUCAACAGAGCUGAGGCUAGACAGAUUUUCUAGCCCUGCCUCCUCCUCCUUUACAUAGACGAGACAGCCCUUACCUGUAGUCAUUCACCUUGCUACUCCCCUGGCUUCGCUCAACACUCCUCGGGACGCAAGGGAACCUUGGAUUAACACCGAUAAAAGACAGGGGAUACAAGGUGCGCGUCUAGGGGACGGUAUCUGUAGGCCUAUUGAUGGUUCCUGCUAUGAGUCAAGUUAAAAAACCGUAAAAUUGUGAGAAUCUUACAAGAUGUCAAAGUCCUCGGAACAGUUUGAUGACCCGGACUGUGUUUGUUCCUUCGGUAUGAAGUUAACGUGGGAUAUCAACGACCCAAAACUGCCUCAGGACACAAAGCAGUAUGAUGCAUUUCAGGAGUGGACGGAUGGGUAUGUUCGUUACAUCUACAGUGGGGAGGACAAGAACGCACAGCGCCACCUGAGCGGAUGGGCAAUGCGGAACACCAACAACCACAACUGUCAAAUUCUCAAGAAGUCCUGCCUGGGCGUUGUAGUCUGCGGCCGAAACUGCACGCUGGCUGACGGAAGCAAACUCCAGCUCAGACCAGCGAUCUGCGACAAAGCACGACAAAAACAACAAAAGAAGCUGUGCCCCAGCUGUAGCUCUGCCCUGGAGCUGAUGCCAUGCAGAGGACACAGUGGCUAUCCCGUCACCAACUUCUGGAGAAUAGAUGGAAAAGUAAUAUUCUUCCAGGCUAAGGGAGUCCAUGACCACGCCAGACCAGAGAGUAAGUCUGAGACGGAGGCCCGGAGAAGUGCAGUGAAGAGGAAGAUGUCCUCUCCACACUUCUCCCAGAAGAGGAGGCUGGUAGAAUCAGAUACUGGGAGAUACCAUGACCUGGGCGCUCCCUUCCCCAACCUGCACCAGCUGUCCUGCAUGGAGGGUCCUGACCGCUUCAGCAUCAUCCCUGAGUCCAACUUCCCCUUCCAGAACCCUGAGCCCUACAAGACCCAGCACUACCCGCCCUUCCAGAAUCCUGAGCCCUACAAGUUUGCCUACGACUCCCACACCACCCUGGGCGAGGCCCCCUCCACGCUCCAGAAGCCGGCCAACCACCGUCUGUACAUGCCCCGGCCUCCAUGUGGCUACGACUUUGCUGUGCCUGGCUAUUUAGGCUCUGGCUCCUACACAGCCCUCUACAAGGACCCCAGUAGCCCCCAGGCAGAGGCCCCUGAGCCCAGCAAGGUGAGCUUGGGCCUGGGUACCAGCACCACCACACCUCACACCACCAGCACCCUUUCGGGCCAUGACCGCAGCAGCUACGACACUACCAGCAGCAAGCAUCACGGCUGGAAGCAGAUCCUGGGCAAGGGGACAUACGGGGAGCGAUGUGAAUACGGGCAGCUCCCUGGCAACGCCAACCACCACUACUACAACAGUGAGUAUCCGUGCAGGACCCUGACGGGCCCGGUGCCAGCCACGCCCGCCUCCCUGCAGACCAUCAUCACCACCACCACCAAGGUGUCCUACCAGCCCUGCCUCAAGCCCUCCGUGGUCAAAUAUGGCGAUAACAUCUACGACGUCAAGGGCCUGCCCAACUGCAACUCCCUGCUCGAGGACAGCUCGCCCACCUCCUACUCCGAUCUAAAGAUUCCAGAAGAUUCCGGGGUCAUCAAGUCGGCGCUGUCGUACCAACCGGAAACCCUACCAGCCAAAAUCGAGAGGGCAGAGAACUUUGACACUUACCGAUACAGCAACUACGCGUCCAACAGCUAUCCCGACAGGGUUUCUCAUCCGCUUAGAUAUGACGGAGUAGGGUACUAAAAGCUCACCAACAGAGCGAAUAAGAGGGAGAUAUGACAGAGGAGUACGUUUGAUAGUUGUGCCCUGUAUACAAAUGAUCAGAAAGAACACUUGGAGCAGACUUAUUGACACCUUUUAUCAGGUUUGUGAAUAUCUAUUGUUAUUUAUAUAUUUGAGGUGUUGGAAUGCAUUUGGACUGCUAGUGAUGACAGUCAUCUAGGAUGUUCACAACAUUUCCCAAUUUGCAUUUAAUGCAUAAGGAAAAGCCACAAUGCAGUUAUUAUGUAAAUGUAAAUAUUAUGCAGGUUGACCUUUAUUGUCAUGAGACUUGCCCUGGAGGCAGAACUGAGCGGUUUCUGCUAGAUGGGCCAGCUGCAAAGUCAAAAUUGGCAAUA